AAGCCAUGCUGUUUGAAAUCAUUGAAAUAUUUUAUUAACUUUUUCUAACCUCAAAGGGAUUGAAAAAAGAUAAUUGCUUCUAAAUAAUCAAAAGACGAAUUAAUUUAAUUGUAAACGAGACACACACGGAAAAUGAAGAUUGAGGCUGAAAUAGAGGAUGUGAUCCUUCAUGGUGACGAUAAAAGUUCUCUUCCACCUAUUAUUGUAAAUUUCCUAAAUGGCCAGCUAAAAGAUGACGAGACAAAUAAUAUGAAGAGUGGUGUAUUCACGGAUGAAAAAUCUGGAAAAACCGUGUUGGCCAUGUCAAAUGGAAAAAUUGUAUACAAGGGAUACAGGCCAAAUCUGGACGAAGAAGCUAUGUGCACAAUGCUAGUUAUUCAUAAUAAAAAGACUAACAAAAUCAAACUUGUUCAGGCGGAACGAUGGGACGUUACACCUGUGCUUGAUCGAAAUUUAAAUGUUGAUCCGAGUUUGGAGGUGGAUAAAAUUGCGACAUUAAAUAAACAAUUUGGCUCCAAGCGGGUAAAACGCAGGACAGAACUUCGUGAAAAAAUGAAGAUCAGUGACGAAUCUGUUAAGGAAAUUCUCGAAAACACUGUUUCAAAUGUGGAAAUUGAAAAGAUAGAUGGAUCAGACACUGAAGAAUCCUUGGCAAACACGAUUGUACCUCCCUGCAAUAGAGAUGCAACAGAUGUUUCAGAUGUUUACGACAUUAACGACAUUGUUCCAAAAACUAUACUAAAAACACUAUAUAAUGUAAAUCUGGAAGAAAUUGAGAGUGAUAUGGAGGGGAAAUCCAAGUUCUUCAAGAAGAUGUUCGAAACUGGAAAGAACCAUGCAGAUUGUAAUAAAAGGCUCGCCGCUUUAUUGUACAUUGAAGCAGUAUCAGUCUGGCUGAAUAUUCCUAUGAAGGAUGCAAAGAGACGUGCUGCCGAAAUAUGCCCUUUUUCAACUGAAGUUAAUGAGUACAUAAUUGAAAAGUACAGCAUACCCAGCGUUAAUGGAAGGUUGCGUCCAAAUACCUUAAAGGAUGGUGGAAUCGUGCAUUGUAUGAUUUUGGCAUUGGCGAUAUCUAACUAUGCACUAGACUUGGAAUUAUUUGCAACAGCGAUUGCAGGUCGCAUAAGCCUUAAAAAAUUGACAGAGUUUGCAGCAAUGAUUGGUGCCGUACCUCUCAAAGACAAGAAAACAGUUGUCCUAAAACUGCCGUUACCUCCUCCAAUUUCAUCCCGAAAGAAGCGACGAAACCGAAAAUAAUAAUGCUGCCUGAAAGUUUGCAGCAUUUCAUGAUAAACAUUUUUCAGAUUAAAAUUCAUUUUGAGAAUACCUCAGACUCUGAAAAUGAUAAACCUCACGAUGUACAGAGUAUCUAGUUAAUAAACAAAGUAAUAAAAAA